GUAAUGCCUACAAGUGUGGCGCCACUGAGGGGAGGAAUAUCUUGGUUUGCUUGGGCUGCGAAUCGAGUUUCUGCACCGGGCACGCGAUAUGGCACGCCCGGAUGAACCAGCAUUGGGUUGCUUUGAUGUACAAGAGACCAAAUGUGGCGCAUUGCUUUGCGUGUGAAGACUCCUAUUUCAUCAGAAGUGAGAAGCCUUUGGGGGCAAUGGCGACUGUUAAGGAUGACUCCUCCAUCGGUACCAUUAAGAAGGAUGAGAAGGGAAUGGCGAUCGACAAUGAGGCAGGAGGUCAUGCGUCUGCAGCGAAAGAGGCUGAUUCUGGAGGCGGCGAUAUGGCGGUGUUAACCAAUGAUGCUACUCCCCAGCAGUGCAAACACGCGUAUAAGAGGGGUGAUAUUGUUCGGGUCACUAAAAGGAUCUUGUCACGCGAUAUUGCCCCUAUGUGUAGUGAUUCUGCGUGUGAUACCUUUGAGGGGAGCUUGAUCUUGGUGUGCCUGGGAUGUGAAAAGGCUUUCUGCGCUGAGCACGCCGGUAUGCAUGCCAAGAACACCAAGCAUUGGAAUUAUUUGAUAUACCAAAACCCGCAUGUGGUGUCCUGCUUUGUGUGUAAAGGCAUCGUUUUCCUCAGUGUUGGGGUGGAUAAGAAGGAGAAACUGGCUGACAAUGCGACAGCUGAUCAUGCGUCUGGGUCAGUUAUUGGGCAUGCCCAUGCUAUCAAAGGGAUACCGAAUCUUGGAAACACUUGUUAUUUGAAUGCAUUGUUGCAGUGCCUCCUUGUGCUUGGAAGGCUGCGGGCAAGGAUGUUAGGACUGGAUGCUCCUCCAACAGGGACCCUUGGUCUAGUACUGAGAGAUCUCUUUAAGGAUACAGGCAGCGUGAACAAUGGAGGAGACCUUCUGGAUCCAAAGAAUCUCUUGAAAUGUGUACAAAUAUUGCACCCACAGUUUCGAGGCACUUGUAUGCAAGACAGCCAUGAAAUGCUUUGCUGUCUGCGCAAUGGUUUGGAUAUGGAGGAGAGUAUAAUGACGCCGUCUAACAUGCAAGAUGGUGAUCCUAGUGCAGUGGCUCCUACAGUUUUUCAUUCCAUUUUUGGUGGUCAACUGUCUGUUACCAAAUUUUGCAAGUGUUGCUCGUUUCAUUCAGUUUCCCAUGAUGCAUUCUAUGAUCUCUCAGUGCCACUACCUGAGAAGGCUUUAGCCAAAAGGGUUGAACCACCAUGGAGCACUAAAGGUCUCAGAUCUCAACGGAAGAGGAAUACAGAAAAGAUUCAUAGAAUUGCUGAAGAUGGUGAUUCUCAGAGUGUUGCUUUAGAAUUGGAAGAUGUCUUCUUGGUGAAAAGAUCAGAGCCUUUGAAAGUUGAUUCUACUAAAGUGGAGCAGAUAUUACAAAGCAAUGAUGCAAUUCAUGGUCAUUUCCAGACACAUAAGGAUAAGGUCCAAGGAAAGGCUGUUGAUGUCCUUUCUCAAAAAGUGUUGUAUGAUGCGGCAACAGAAGAUUCCUGCAUUCCGGAAGACCUUGCUUCACCUCCAUUUGUUUCUCCACUAAGGGAAGAGAAUCCACUGAUAGCAUCAGGCAGUGAUGUAGAGAAAAAUGACAGUACUGUUCAGCCAGAAGUUAGUACAGAAGCCAAAAUAACCACUUGCUCAGUAAAAAUUACUUCAAAAGACAAGGGGAAAGUACAUAGUAGUCAUAUUUUAUAUGACAAGGUACAAGGUAUCAACUCUGUUGCGUCAAUUGAGGAGUGCUUGGAAUUGCAUUUUGAAGCAGCGAUGAUGGAAUGGACCUGUGAGAACUGCUCCAAGGUUGCUCAGAAACCAGGCAACAUUAUAGGUUCUAGUGAAUGCCAAGUGGAAGAAAAGCAAAAUGAACAGAUGGAUAGGAAAAAAGGUACAGUUCAAACACGUCUAAGCAAGCUGCCACCUGUAUUAGUCAUUCAUCUGAAGAGAAAUUUGGGACCUCAUAAGGUAAUAGGACAUGUGAGCUUUCAAAAAGUCCUUGAUGUGGGACUGUUCAUGGACCCCAGCUCUGAGGACAAAUAUAAUUCCAGCUAUCGUCUAGUUGGUAUUAUUGAGCACCAGGGCCUUGGCAAAGAUGCAGGGCACUUUGUUGCUUAUGUGAGAAAAGGUCGUCCGCAGCAGAGCAAUGGCUCUUCCCUAUGGUUUCGUGCAAGUGAUACCAAAAUCAGAAAAAUCUCUUUAGAAGAAGUUCUCAAGUGUGAGGCUUACCUUCUAUUCUAUGAGAGGAUUGAAGGCUAAGGUUUGUGGAAUUCUAUAAUCCAUCAGCUGCUAAUCAGAAUAGCAAUCAGAGGGUUCUUGGAUGGCCAAUUAUCCAAUUCUGUUUUCUACAUACUGACGUUGGAUCAAAAUCAAGAUAGUUUGUUGCUUAGGCCGAGUCCUUGCAAGACAUCAAUUUGGCCGCAACAUGUGUGUACCAGAUUUCGGUUGUUCUUGAGUAGCUGGUCUGGUUAUACACAUUCUUACCUUUUUCUCUCGUUGUUUUUCCUUUUUGUCCAAGAGGAAUGCAUUAUGAGUUGGCACAAUUUUGUCGGAUUGUACUGUUAUCUGUAAUUGCUUUACAUCAUUGGCGAAAUUUGUAACAUUUCAUUUGAUAUGUUGAGCUUUGCCAAUAUUUUUGUGAUGGCAAGGUACAUAGUAUGCAAGGUGAUUAAGAUUAACCUUGAAUCAGCAGUAACAAGAGCAUAUUCUUUCUUUCUUUCUUCCAUUG